CGCUUCUCCUUGUCGAAGCUAUUUCCCGUGAUCUGAACGACCAACUUCUCAAGGUCUUGGGCAAUCGUCGAUUGAUGUACGCUGAAUAUGAGGAUUUUGAAAGGUUAAUGUCCAGUGCUGAAGAGGUGUUCUAUACAUGGGAUGAAUGUAUGAAAGAUUUCACAAAUGUAGCUCGUGAUAUAGCUCGCAAACGUUCCGAGAAGCGUUCCGAAAAGUUUACUCGUAUUCAGAUAACCCCUGCUCACGCUAAAUUACAUGAACGCGUUUCAUUUGUCAAGAAUUUCCGCAAGCAACACGAACAACUACAUCAGACAAUUGUCAAAGUUAUGACACAGCCGAAAGGGGUUACAAAGAUUAUCGUGGAAAAUGACACUAAUUCAGUUCAGCAACAAGAAGAAGAAAGUGUCAGUAUGAGUGAUAUCGAUUCCAUUGAAGAAGUAAAGCAGGCAUUUGAGAGUUUGAAAGAUAUCAAUAUACUUGACGUUUCACCUGAGGGAACCGAGAUAUGGACGGAUGCCGAAAAUGCAUACAAUGAGCGUGUGUCAAGAGUUGAGAGUCAGAUCAUUACGCGAUUGAGAGAUCGAUUGGGGACUUGUAAGAAUGCAAAUGAAAUGUUUAGAGUGUUCUCGAAGUUUAAUGCAUUGUUUGUCAGACCAAAGAUUCGAGGUGCCAUUCAAGAGUAUCAAACUCAAUUGAUUGAUUCUGUCAAAGACGACAUCCAAAAACUUCAUAAUAAAUUCAAAUUACAAUAUCGGCGCGCUGAAGCAUUCCAUAUGGCUCAACUUCGCGACUUGCCUGUUGUUUCAGGGGCCAUGAUCUGGGCUCGUCAAAUCGAACGUCAGCUACAAACGUACAUGAACCGUGUCGAAGAUGUGCUGGGUAAAGGAUGGGAGAACUAUGCUGAGGGAGAAAAACUACAAACAGAAAGCAAUAAUUUCCGAAAGAAGUUGGAUACUAAACCUAUAUACGACGCCUGGAUCAAGGAUAUCAAUGGCCGUGAUCUUAGUGUCUCUGGGAAAUUAUUCGAAAUCACUAAGAAUCGCGCUGCAAACAAUCAACUUCAACUCGAUGUUAACUUUAAUCCCCAGAUUAUUACACUUUUUAAAGAAGUGCGAAAUCUUCUGUGGUUGAAUUAUCAUGUGCCUCAUGCAGUCAGUAAUGUUGCCAAGGAUGCAAAACGCGUAUAUCCAUUUGCCGUGAGUCUUAUGGAAACUGUUAGAACUUAUCGGCAGACAAUCGAUAAA